CGAAGAAUCGCCGCCUCCUCCACCUUCUUUUUGUUUUUUCUUCCGUAGGUAUACCUGAUGUCAGAUAGAGACACCACCGAAUCAAUGGCAUCCAAGAAAACGAGGCACCAAAAGCAGGACGAUGAUAAUAAGACCGUUGACGAUUACCUCGAUGAAAGUUCCACUUUGUUGUCAUCAGCAGCCAACAGUAAACGCUAUGACGACGAUGACGACGACAGUGGGAAAAUUAGUGGUUCAAAAGCAGCAACACGUUCUCAUAUCGAACACGCGAAAUGGAUCAUACAUAAAAGCAUACCCUUGUUGGUUACAACUUUGCUCCAUCAAGUUGUUAAGUGGAUUGUUAUUAUCACAGCAGGUCGUCUGGGAUCGGUCGAGCUUGGUUCGAUUGCACUUGCUCAUGUAUUUGAAAACUUGUCAUCAAAAUUGACCGCUUGGAGUUUCCGGUCAGCAUUGGGCACGUUGUGUUCACAAGCUUGGACAGGUGCCAAAGACAAAUCACUCGUCGGCUUAUACCUCCAACGCGCGUAUGUCUUAUUCGGCUUGAUCUCUAUUCCCUUUGGCUGUAUUUGGGCAGGCUCUGGUAUCAUAUUUGACUGGCUGAGGCAGGAUCCGGAAAUUGCGCGCUCAACACAAACAUAUUUGAUGUAUCAGAUUCCAGGCUUUUUGGCUCAUGCCGGCUAUGUUUUGCUGAUGGCAUAUCUGCAAGCUCAAGGCGUCAUGCGUGCCACAGUGUACGCACUGACACUUGCAUUACCCUUCCAUAUCCUCUUCAAUUACGUCUUGGUAUACUAUGCUGGCUUGGGGAUCGUCGGUGUAUCCAUAGCAUUGUCGUUAAACUACAUCAUGACAUGGGGAUUCUUGGCUCUCUAUUCUGCCAAGAUCGACGGAUAUCAGGGUUGGGGCGGUUGGUCGCGUGAAUGCUUCCAGGAGUGGGGCGCUGUGAUGCAUCUUUUCCUGCCUGCCAGUAUUGGUGCCAUUUGGACAGCAGUAUCCGAGGGUGUCAUCACAUUCAGCGUCUCGUAUCUCGGCAAGGACAAUUUGGCUGCCCAAUCAAUCUUGUUACGAAGCAGUUUGACCAUGUUUGCGCCAGGACGUAGUUUAAGAAAUUCGCUUGGAAAUCGGAUCGGAAAUGAGCUGGGAGGAGGGUCGCCUAACGAUGCCAAGCGUGCAUAUUUCGUUGGUGCCUUGCUGGCCCUUGUGGUUGGAGUUGCAAGCACUAUCUUGUUGAUGGCCUGUCGAAAAUCGUACCCGUACCUGCUUACCUCGGAUGAUGAGGUCGCGGCAGCAGUGUCUGAAGUGAUCCCAGUGUUUGCAGUGUCUCAAAUUAUUGAUAUGUUCAAGUCACUCGGUGGUGGUGUAUUGCAAGGGCUCGGAAGGCAGAAGGUGUUGGCCUUAAUAGGCUUUUUCUCGGAUUUUGUGAUCGCAAUUCCACUGUGCUACCUAUUUACGUUUCAUCUAAACGGAGGACUCGUCGGUUUAUGGGCAGGCCUCUCGUGUGGAUAUAUGGUUGCUGCCCUUAUCCAAAUUGGCUAUAUCUUUCUCAAAAUUGAUUGGAUUGUAGAAUCCAAACUUGCUAUAAGACGUAUACACCAGCACCAACACGCCAAGACUAAAGCAACGACGACAGCACGACAGUAAUAACAGCCGCAGCAACCCAAAACUAUUAAGAAUUCUGUAAAAAUAUAUUUCAAAAACACGAACUCGUCUUAUUAAAAUAGCUAGUCAGCAAUGUAACAAUCAUUAUGAACUCCAUUAAAUCCUUUUAUGGCUAUUUACCAUUCUUGUG